CGUAAUUUCUCGGUGCCGCAUUUCUCGGGAAUCUCGAAACAGUACGGACUGGGCUCGCGAAUUUUCUGAUUGUUCUCCGGCUGAUCUCGCUGUCUCGCUGUUAUGCAAUCGUCAAAAAAUCAACACUGAGAUAAAUCAUACUUCCACAAAAUGUGGAAAAUCAUCAGUCUUCUAAUUGUAUCCUUGGCUCUUUCUCACGACGCUCUUAGUUAUCAACUCCGCGACGUCAGCGACGGGAGAUAUGAGUCCAACGAGAGUGUCCGACCGUCGGAUGUGAUCUAUCGACAAAAUCAGCACCGACAACGACCCAAGUAUCAGUUCAAAUGUGUAAAACCCGGUGUCUAUCCUGACCCGCACGACUGUAGAUUGUAUUACGUGUGCGCGAAAUAUGGGCGUCGUCAGCAUGUUGCGAGAUACGUUCGCAAGUGCGAUUUUGGUCUGGUUUUCUCAUACAAAGACGGCGGUACCUGCACGCAACCUCGAGAAAGCGGAAGAGUGGAGUGCAGCGGUUAUUCGCCGUGGGAGCAGCGAGAUCAUUCAGCAGACACAGAUGAUCAAUAUCCAAAUUGGCGGGAUAACAGACCAAAUCGGAAUAAAUCAGGAAAAGAAGAAUCGAACGAUUCGCAUUAUCCUAAGAAGCAUAAAGAAGAAGACAAAAGUCGCGAGAAGCAUGAGAAAAGAGACAAGUCACGCAAACAUGAUAGUGAUGAGUCAAAGAGCGAUAGUAGCGACAGUAGCAGCGAUGAACAUCAUAACGGAGGAUCAAAACCGACAACGAAGAAAGACAGCAGCAAUGAAAUGAAAGAAACGACAAAAGCAUUUAUUACAGAGGAAGACGAUGUUCCGACUACAUCAGCAUUACCGGACAAAGCGCAAUCAGUCGAAGAAAGCUCGCAGAGUGAUGAUAAUACGGACGAAGGAACAGCAGGGGAUAGCGAGAACAAUGAAAUGGAAGGAGAAAGGACACACCGUCCAGAAAAGAGACAUUCUGGAAGUGAAGAAAGCAACGAAUCCGAAUCUGGAAGUAAAAGAAAGCAUAAAAAUAACAAAAAGCACAAUAAAAAAGAACAUAAGAAUAAAGGAAAGAAUGGCAAGAAAGAUAAAUCGGAUGAAAAACACAAAAAUCGUAGCGACGAUUCAAGGAGCAGCGGCAGCAGUAGCAGUAGUAGCAGCGAAGAAAAUAUCAGAGGACCUAAAUCGACAACGAAAAAAGCUACCAGCGAAACAACAGGCACGACAAGAGCGAUUGUCACGGACAGAGACGUUGUCCCGACGACACCCGUAACGUCCGAUGAGACAGACACCAUUACAGAAAGAUCGGAAAGCAAGGAAGAAGAAAGCGGUGAAUCCGAAGGUACUACCCCACAACUUUCUAAGGAAGUAAGUCAAAGUCCUGAGAAUAAUCAAUUUGAAGAUAAUACACCGCGUAACUCUAAGGAAGAAGACAGAAUUCGCGAAAGUGGCGAAUCGCAAGGAAAUAGCGGGGAAAACGAAGAAUUGAAAAAGACUACACCGCAAAUACCACCCGAUGAAACUACUGAACACGUAACUACGGAACACGUUCCAAGAACGGAAUCUUCUGAAGGCGAAGACGAAAUUGAAACGAUAACAAAAUGCACCGGGCCUGAUUACUUUCCGGAUUUGAAUGAUUGCACCAAAUUUUACAGAUGCACUCAAGUGGGUUUUAACACAUACGAGAAACGUCAGUUUUCAUGUCCGCAAGGUACUCUAUGGGAUCAGGAACAGUUAAUAUGUAACCAUGAAGCGUCCAUAAAACGAUUAUCUUGCAAAAACAAGAGACCAGAUGGUGACCAAAGCAUGGAGAACGAUGAAAACAAAUCCAAUCAAAACUCACGCGAUACUAACGAGGGGAAUCGGAGCCAUGAGAGAGGUGAAUCUCAAGAAACAACGCGAGAUGCGCCAACCUCAGAAAGCGAAGAAAUCGAAAUAACUACUCGGCAUGCAUCCAUGGAAACAACAGACGGUAAUGAGAAUAAAGAAUUUGAGAAGACUACAACAGAAGAACCAUCCGACGACAGCUCUGCAAGCAAGGAAAGUACGGAGAGUGUGACCCCUACACCGCGUGAUAUUAGCGAAGAAAAUCACAGUCGCGACAUCGAAGAAUCCGGAAAGUUUACGCCGCAGGUGCCGCCGAAAGAACACUCUGAUAGCAACGAAGCUCGGGAGACAGAAACUACUACAAUACGUAAUUCCAUAGAGGAAAACCGGAAUCAAGAGAGCGAGGAAUCGGUUGGUAGCGCAUCACAGGAGUCACAGAAAGAAAACAGUGAGAGCAAGGAAGGAGGUGAAGCCGAAUUAACUACCCCGAGCGUUCAGGAGGUAGAAAGUGGCAGCGAGGAACGUGGAGUAUCUGGUAAGACCACAACGCAUGUACCACCGACAGAAAAUUCUGAAAGCGACGAAACCCAGGAGACAGAAGCUACUACAGCACAUAAUUCGAAGGAGGACAACCAGAAUGGAGAAGAUGAGGAAUCGGCUGGUGAUACAUCAGAGGAACGAUCGAAUGUGAACAGUGAGAGCAAGGAGGAAGGUGAGCCGGAAGUAACUACUCUGCGCGUCCCGGAGGAGGAAAUUGGCAGCGAGGGAAGUGAAGAAUCUGGAAAGACUACAACUGAUUUGCCAGUGACAGAAAAGUCUGAGAGCAACGAACCCCCGGAGGCAGAAACUACUACUACAGCACGUAAUUCGAAGGAGGAGAACCAGAAUGGGGAAGAUGAGGAAUCGGCUGGUAGCACGCCACAGGAACGAUCGAAUGAGAGCAGUGAGAGCAAGGAAGAAGGUGAGCCGGAAGUAACUACCCUACACGUCCCGGAGGAGGAAAAUGGCAGCGAGGGAAGUGAAGAAUCCGGAAAGACUACAACGUAUGUACCACCGACAGAAAACUCUGAAAGCGACGAAACCCAGGAGACAGAAGCUACUACAGCACACAAUUCGAAGGAGGACAAUCAGAUCAAUGGAGAAGAUGAGGAAUCGGCUGGUAGCACGCCACAGGAACGAUCGAAUGAGAGCAGUGAGAGCAAGGAAGGUGAGUCGGAAAUAACUACUCCGCAUGUCCCGAAGGAGGGAAGUGGCAGCGAGGAAAGUGGAGAAUCUGGGAAAAGUACACCGCAUAUGCCACCUACGGAAAGUUUUGGAAGCGAGGAGUCAUUGGGAAAUGAGAAAUCUACUCCCACUUCGUCCAAGGAAGGGCAUCAAGAUUUCGAAAGUGAUGAAGCGGAGAUAACUACUUCACGAAUAUCGACUGAGAAAAGCGUGGGAUGUAGCGAUAGUUUUGAAAAUGAAUGUACCACUCGUAAUUCGGAGGAAAAAAGGGAGAGUGUUGAGAGUAAUGAGUUUGGGCAGACUACGCCACAAGGUCUACUGGAUGAAAGUCUACUCUCUGAGAAUGAGGAGACUUCCGAAAUAGAUAACGUUAUUCCAACUUCUUCGACUUCUUCGGGUGAAGUAAGUCAGAGUGAUGAGAGUGGUGAAUUUGAAGCGACAACGCCAUUUGUACCAACCAGAGAAAGUCUCGAAAGUAGUGAUAGUUCCGAAAUUGAGAUUACUACUCGACAUAUUCCUGGCGAAGAAGAAAAUGAGAGUGAUGAAAGUAGAGUGAUGGAAGAGACGACUUUGCCCGCGUCUUCUGAGGAAACAGUUUCCACAAGCCUUCCAUCGUCUACUGAGUUUUCGAUGGGAACUACCAUUCCUAUUGGAGUUACAUGUCCUGUUGGAGAAUUGAUCGGAGAUCAAGUAUUUCUUGUUUGCCCUACUGGUUUUCGACGUCAUCCAAAAUACUGUAAUCUUUUUUACCAAUGCAUGGCGACGAGUAAUUUGGGCGGCCAGAUUACUGUUUUCAGUUGUCCAUUAGGCAGAGUAUUUGACGACAAGAAGCUGCAGUGUGUGGUGAAAUCUAAUAUCCAUAAAAUUCUUGCUGAGCACGGGACGUGCAAAUAUUUCGAUCCUGUAACUACGGAUCGACCAGUAACGCUUCUGGAAGUCUCCAAGAUGAAGUUGUGUCCAGGGGAAGGUUAUUAUCCAUACGAUAAGGGUUGUUGGAAUUCGUACUACAAGUGUAAACGUGAUUUGCGGAAAGUAUUGCAAGGAUAUCUCGUGCAAUGUCCGAAUGACCAUAUGUUUUCAAAUAUUUUAAGAAGCUGUGUACAUAUGAAACAUCCUCAAAUACGUCAACUUUGCGAAGAUGCUUGUACUGGGAAACAACAUGAUUAUCCAAGCGUUAAUGCACAACGUGUAUCUUUCAUCCGAAGGAUUAUACACAAAUCAUAAACAGUUGUUUUAUAUUUACCCACUGCGGCAUAAAGUACAGUUUUAAGAGAAAAGGGAGAAUGAGAUGUAUACUAAUGUGCACAUUUUUUAUACAAUAUUUGAGAAAGUCAUUGUGUGAAAUAUUAAUAU